UCUUCAGCCGGGGCGUUAGCAUUAGCCAGCUAGCGUAGCUUCUUAACGGCCCGUAUUCGGUAUUUUCCGUGUUUUCUCCUUCAUCUCCUGUAAACGUCACUGAACGGUUCCGUUUACAGACACUGCGCUCCACAAACGGAACACUGGUCGGGAUGGAGGGAGACGAUGACAGGAUGAAGGAGCACCUGAGGCUUCAGCUCCAAAGCCUGCAGGAGCAGCAGACGCAGCGGCUCCAGAGGAGGCUGGAGAAGAAGAGGCAGGCUGCGUUUGAGCCGCACAGAGACGAGGCAGCCUUUGAUGGCCAGGAUGGCCUGAACCUCUCUGUGGACGACGGAGACUUAGUGGAGCAGUUCAGUGCGAGACUGCUGCAGAAUGAGAAUGAGCAGCUACUCGAGCAGUUGAGGGAGUUCAGGGACGAGAACGGCAGGCUUCAUAAGCUUCUAAGUGAGAAAGAGUUUGAGAUCAAACAUCUGAAGAAGAAGAGAGAGGAGGACAGACUGGCAUUAGUGGGCACGGCAGGCCUGGCGGGAGACGCGGCGGCCACCAAGAUCGUGGAGCUGUCGAAAAAGAAUCGUGAACUGGCUGCUGAAAUCGAACGGGAGAAAACCAAAACAAAACAAAUGAGCAACAGAGUAAAAGAACUAGAAAAAGAGCUUCAGGGCACUUCUUUCCUCAGUUCUGGACUGAAGGCUGGUCAGACACAGGAACCGAGGAACUCUGAGGAGGAGCCGGCCAGUCCGCUGGUGAAGUCCCUCCAGGAGAAGUUAUCCACCGCCCAGUUCAAAAUGAGCGAAUACCGCAACCAGAUACAAGCUGUCAAACAGGAGCUGAAGAUAGCCCACAAGGUUCUGAGCAGUGAGGUUGGGGAGGAUGUGAGUGUCCAGCAGCUGCUGAGUAAUCCGGGGAGCUGGAGAGGACGAGCUCAGCAGAUUCUGGCCCUCAGCAGCAGAGUGCGAGAUUUGGAACAGCAGCUGAGCUCCGCCUCCAUCAGGAAGCAGUCUGGGGAUGUCAGCCUGGAGGACAGCAUGCUGGGAAAUGGAGUCCACCAGAGGAACCAGGACAAGAACCACAGCUACAUCCGCUCCAUGGAGAGAGACAGGAAGGAGACAGUAGAGAAGCUGAGUGCAGAUUACGAGCUCCUGCUGAGCGAACACUCGGACGUGAAGAAGAAGCUGGAGGCCAGCAAGGCCAGAAACCGCGUCCUGAGCGCCGAGCUGAAAGCCCUGAAGACUCAGAUCACCACGCUGCUGGACAAGGGAAAACACGACGACGAGCUGGUGGACGCAUUACUGAAGCAGCAGGCUCAGCUGCAGGCCAUGCUGGGCCAGCUCAGCCAGAAGGAGAAGCUGCACCAGGAGGCCCAGCAGGGCCUGGGCACGCAGCUGCACUCGGAGGCCCAGCGCCACAGCUCCCUCGUCCAGCAGCUCAAGCAGAUGGUGUCGGAGAGGGAGGCCAAGGUCCAGCAACUGGAGCAGGAGAUCCAGCAGCUCGCCCUCAAGAAACAGGAGAGCGGGGAGACAGAGUCGAAGAGCAUGAGUAGCUCCAUCCCUCCAACAGUGAAGGAAGACGCAGGAAGGAAGUCCAGUUCUGCCAGGUCGCUCUCAAAACUGGGAUAUAAACUUGUUGAGUCUGCUCCACCGCUGUCGUCUGGAAACAGCUCUGAUUUCAGAGAGUCGUCUGAUGUGCCCUGCUGCCCAGCGUGUGCUGCUAAGCUGGCUUCUCUGCAGGCUCAGUGCUCUGAGUACAAGGCUCUAUACCAGGCUGCUAAUGUGGAGAGAGACAGGCUUCUGGAGCUGGCCAAGGUGCAGCAGAGGAGGUACGUAACAGGAACUCACCUGAUCCUUGAAAAACGGGCUCUAGACACCGGGGAAGAGGAGGUGAAGCAGAGGUGCCUGGAGGUCGAGCAGAAGCUUCGGGAUGAGCGGCGACGCUGUGUGACCCUGGAGCAGCAGCUGGAGAGGGCCAAGCUGGACUUAGAUAAAGGACCCAGUCUGAGGGCUAGCCGUAGCAGGACAGGUGCAUCAUACAGUGGCUUGAGUCUGCCUGAGAAACAGGAGGGCCUGUCGCCCAGAAAAGCCACAGAGCUGACGCGCGACGCCCAGCUGAGCGAACUCAGCACACAGCUGGCUGUCCAGCAGGAGGAGCUGGAGGCUUUGAGGACGUCUCUGAAAAACGCUCUGCAGGCCAAGGAGGAGGACUUGCAGCUGUACAGCACCAUGAUGAGCCAGGUCAAACAGGUUUUCUUACAGGCCCUCAGGCAGCACAAACAGGGCUCAAACCAGGAGACCUAGCCCAGGACUCAACCUCAGGCUUCCUGCUACUCUGCCUUUGGGACUUUGGCUUUGGUCCUGAGACUCCAGGGGCCA